UGCUGGUUGACCGCUAACAGCCGGGAGCCAAUCACAGAUGGAGAGCUCGUCCGUCGUCGAUCAGCUUUUUCCCCCAAACGCUUACCAACUCAAUAACUAUAUCGACCAGCAACCCUCUUCCACUUCUUUCCACGACGUUCAGCACAAUGACGACGAGCCUCUCUACGUUAACGCGAAGCAGUAUUUCCGUAUUCUCAAACGACGAGUAGCCCGUGCUCGUCUUGAGGAACUCCAUCGUUUGUCUCGACAGCGCAAACCGUAUCUACACGAAUCACGUCAUAAACAUGCUAUGCGACGUCCUAGAGGACCAGGUGGUCGGUUCCUGACUGCUGAGGAAGUCGCUGCUCAAAAGGCCGUCAGUGGAGAGGAGCGAGCGCUUUCGGCGGAGAACGAUGUUGACGAGGAAUUGGAUGAUGAUGAGCGUCCUCCUGUCGAUGUUCAGCAGCCUUUACAUUCCCAGAUCCAUUCCCACGAUGAGAGUGCGAAUCCCAUCGCUUUGCAACCCUCCAUCUAUCAUGUUCAGCAACCUCAACAGCAGCAGCCGGUCCCCAACUCCCAUAUUUACGUGCAACCACAAACACAACCCCAGCACCAGCAUUCACAACAACACCAACAUCAGCACCAACCCCAUCAUUCCCAUCUCCAUCCCUCUCAAUUGCAUCACGCCUCAAAAGGCACCACAAACUCUGCACCCGUUACUCUGAGCUCUCCAUAUCCCACCAGAGUUCAGAUGCAUCACGUACCACACCCUCACGCUCAUGCGAGGCAUCACCACUCACAGCUCAAUUUUACGGAGGGUCUUUAUCCGUCAACGUCAGAGCAGGGAACGCAGCGUAGGCCAGAGGACAUGGUGCAGUUCGGAGCGGGAAACCUUUCCAGUUAGUAGUUUCGACCUGCACUUCUCUAUUCAGUUCUAUUAUUUUUUGAAUUCCUGUAUGAGUCAUUUUUGGAGGAUAAUGUACAUUUUAUAGUUCAACGUCCAUUUUGUCUUCAUCGGUUUCUACCUGUGCUAUGGUUGGAAUACUCUGCUUGUCGAGUUGAAUUUCCGGCAGUGCGCCGGGUGGUGAUGGUGAUGGCGACGUAUCUUCUAUUAUUUCUUCUGAUGGAGGGGGUAUCGUGAGAGGGCGGAAUAACACCAGGGCCUGACUAUGUUCCGGAGGAACGUAUGUUUGUAGUAAGUCGCGUUCCCGUAUUCGCUGUAGUAAUGCAGGAGAUAUAGAUAAGGGUUGGUCUUCGUACGGGUCUUCAUCGUCUGACGAGUCCAAGUCCGUGAUUAUUAUACCUGCACGACAGGAACGAGCGUUGUAUUUCAGGAAGGACUGAUUACGAAUAUAGGAAGGCUCACGGUCGGGUUCAGGUUCGUACCACGAGGUGCCCUUCAUUUUUACGUCCGUGGUGUUGGUGAAUGAUUGUGGAGGAGAGAUAGGUUCCUCGAUAAAAUCAGGCCGUGUCACAAACAAUGGUUGUGAAUCGGCGGCUGUUUCCUCUAUUUCCAUCACUGAAAGAGGGGGUGAUGACCAUGAGGAGGACGAGCUGGAUGGAAGUUGACUGACGUCUGUUGGAGGAUUAUUCAAAGACAUGUGAGAAAAACCCCGUUCGAGAGUUACUCUCGGACGCUUUCUGGUUUGUGAAGAAGGGUUGUCUUCAGGAGAAUGUCGACGUUUCAUGGAUGGAAGACGGAACCAAGGAUGAGACAUGUACGAGCUAGUCAUACUGGUCAUCG